AUGUUGCCCCGCCACAUGGUCAACUGGCGUUUGUACGUCUACACCAACUCUCUAUAUUCCAUUCCCAAUGAAGAGACGUCCGGAUAUCGCGAUUGGUCGCCCCAACAUUUCCGUCGGAAUCCCUUCGAGAUCCAUAGGAUUAUGAACUGGGUGAACCGGGAUAUUUCGGUAGUCGUGAAAUCCGGCCAAACGGAUGUUUUCUAUCUGUACGAGACCAUCUUGAACCUGCUAACUGAAGUUAGCAUCAAAAGUCUGGAUUUCGGCUUGGCUGUGGUCCACUACUUCGGGGGCAAGACCCAUCAAUUCACCCACGAACUGAUGAACUUUGCCCGAUCCCCGUACGAUGAUAUCAUAGCCUACGAGUGCAACACUCUGUACAGGGUUUUGCCGGGUGGCGAGGGAGGAGGUCCCACUACCUCCUCGAUGGCCAGAGAUCAGCAGUUCUUGUCCUCCAAACUGCACAACUUUGUGGAGUUCUCGCGGAGCAUCAAUUACGACGAUUGCGGUGGCUUCGAGGCGGAUUUGGCCCUGGAGGAUGAGGAUUUCGAGGAGCUGGAUGACCUGAUGGUAGAGCGCUUCAGUCGUUCCCACUUCGACGGGGAAAUGUCGACAGCCAGAGCGAGGCCAGCAACGUUGAUCCCACCGGCUAGCCAGCAGGCUGGUCCGGCGAAUCAGCCAACUCAAUCCCAGCAGGCGGCACAGCAGCCGGCUCAGGCUCAGUCAUCCCAGCAGGCAGCACCACGGGCUUCGCAGCAGGCCUCCGCCUCCCUCCACCUCGGGCAGCCAUCAGGCCAGCGGACGCCCCUGGAGGAUCUGGAACUCGAGGUGGCCAUCGAGCGCAGCCUGUUCGAGGGGGCCGCACAAGGAUUCGUCCUGCCGAGCGGACGACUGGUGCGCUUGUCCAAUACCAAUAGAAGUUUGGUGCGCAAUACCAACUCAUCAGGGUCAGGAUCGGGAUCGGGAUCGGUAUCGGGAUCGGGAUCACGAUCAGGAUCGGGAUCAGGAUCAGCUGCUGCCGCUGGCGCCUCCCCAGCCGCCGCCCAGAAUCCUUCAACUGCUGUGCGUGGACGACGUCGCCGCCUGCCACAUUCGCGCUAG